GAAGAACAACCCAUCUCCAGGUGGACAGUUCCAACCAAGCCACCAGUCAGUCCAGCUUGUCUUGCUACUCUGACCCUGGUCUUGACCCUGACCCCAACCCUGACCCCAGCCUCGGUUCAAAACCCAGACUUGACCUUGGCCCUGACCCCAGUCCUAUCCCUGACCCUAAUCUUGACCCAAGUCCUAACCCUAGUCUUGACCUCAGCCCUGACCCCAGUCCUAAUCCUGACCCUAGUCUUGACCUCAGCCCUGACCCCAGUCCUAAUCCUGACCCUAGUCUUGACCUCAGCCCUGACCCCAGUCCUAAUACUGACCCUAGUCUUGACCUCAGCCCUGACCCCAGUCCUAAUCCUGACCCUAGUCUUGACCUCAGCCCUGACCCCAGUCCUAAUCCUGACCUUGACCCUAGUCCUGAUCCUGUUUCUAUCCAUUCCUGUCCUCAACCCACCUCUGACCUCCAGCCUGCCUCUCUCAAGUCUGAGGAGAUGUCUGACCCCAGCCCUUCCCCUGCCUCCCCCCCAGCCCCCCUCCCCGAGUUCUCACCUCAGGACCAGAUUCCAGCAGCUCCCUCUGCUGUGGGAGAGACACACACAGGAUGUGAGGUCAUCGCUACAGGAUGUGAUGUCAUUCCCACAGGAUGUAAUGUCAUUGACAUAGUGACCGACAGUCUUGCUUCUCUGUCUGCCACUGCGCCCCCUACUGGCCAGAGACAAGCUACUGACAGAGCAGUGUACCUUAACCCUCCUAAAGCACACCCUGAAACACGACACAGUGAUAUGAUCCAAGAUGCCACCCCCAUAAGUGGCAGUGGUAUGGUCCAUGAUACCACGCCCAUGAGUGACAGUGGUACGGUCCAAUCUGACACCCCCAUAAGGGACAGUGGUACAGUCCAAUCAGACACCCCCAUAAGUGACAGUGGUACAGUCCAAUCACACACCCCCAUAAGUAACAGUGGUAUGGUCCAAUCAGACAACCCCAUGAGUGACAGUGGUACGGUCCCAUCAGACACCCCCAUGAGUGACAGUGGUACGGUCCCAUCAGACACCCCCAUGAGUGACAGUGGUACGGUUCAAUCAGACACCCCCAUGAGUGACAGUGGUACGGUCCCAUCAGACACCCCCAUGAGUGAUAAUGGUACGGUCCCAUCAAACACCCCCAUGAGUGACAGUGGUACGGUCCAAUCAGACACCCCCAUGAGUGACAGUGGUACGGUCCAAUCAGACACCCCCAUGAGUGACAGUGGUACGGUCCCAUCUGACACCCCCAUGAGUGAUAAUGGUACGGUCCAAGAUACUACCCCCCCCCAGUGAAAGUGGUACAGUCCAAUCUGACACCCCCAUGAGUAAUAGUGAUGCAGUCCAAGAAACCACCCCUAUGAGUGAAAGUGGUACAGUCCAUUCUGAAUUCCCCAUGAGUAAUAGUGGUACGGUCCAAUCAGGAGAGACCGGUGCUGAGGGGGAGGAGCCAUCCUCCCCAUUGGACAGUAUCAAGCAGAUCAGAGAGCUGGUGGUGGAGGUGAUAGAGGUGGAGGACCUGGUGUACAGGCGUCCCCAAGGCAACAACACAGCCUGACCCGGCUUUGUCAUGGCAACUGCACGGACACAACCCACAGCGUUGUUGCGGCAACAUCACCGCCUGACCUGGCCAAGACAUCUGGUCUGAAAAACGUUCAUGUUGUCUUUAACCAUCAACGUAACAAUUGUACAAUUUUAGACUUUUAUAUAUAUAUAUUAUAUAUAUGUAAAAAAAAUAAAAAAUACUUCACAAGAGUAAAACACCUCCGUACUGAUGUCAUUUUUGUUCCGUAAUAAAAAAUUACUAAUGAAGUUCUCAGUGAAGACACAAGGUGUCAUGGCAACGACCGGAUGACAUGGAGUCUGAGGUUUUAUUAAGACAUGAAGCCCUCAUAUAGAAAAAAACAGCUUCUAUCUUACAGCUUAUUAGAUACUAAUGAAACAUGCAGAAAUGUUCAAUAACAAAUGAAAUACAUCAAGCAGUAGUAGAGGUACACAUCAUCAUAACCAAACACUUCCUGGUGAAAGGCCUCAGUGCAGUUGUAGUUCUAGGGGUGCAGUGAUGUGGUAAAUUGUAGUUUUUUUAAGAUGGUGGUUAAGGAUCAGGCGUGUCCCUGAAUAAAGAUGUCCUGGUUGAGAGUAGAAGUGAAUAUCUUCAUACAUCCACUGUCCUGAAGACACAGUUCCUCCACAACACCACCGAGGAGGAGGAACUUACAACCUUCU